CAAAUCUGACGAACUCCAAAACCUCUUUCCACAAACGCUCAUCUCACACACACACACACACCAUUUCACACAAACAUAGUACUUAUCGCCUCUCUCUCACUCUCUCUCUCUUCGGAUCCGCCAUGCAAGCUCUUCACCCUUCAUCUCUCCGCGCCUCUCCACCAAACCCACUCCUAAAACCCUCAAUCCGAUCUCACCACAUCACCACAAAUAUGAGACAACCCACGAGAAGACGCUCAUUCAUCUCUGCAUCAACCUCCGCCCCCAAACGCGAAACAUACCCGAAGAAACGGGUCGUAAUCACCGGAAUGGGCCUCGUCUCCGUCUUCGGCAACGACGUCGACGCUUACUACGAGAAGCUGCUCUCCGGCGAGAGUGGAAUCAGCUUGAUUGAUCGGUUCGACACCUCCAAGUUCCCGACCCGAUUCGGUGGACAGAUCUGUGGGUUUAGCUCAGAAGGUUACAUCGAUGGGAAGAAUGAGCGGAGGCUUGAUGAUUGCUUGAAGUACUGCAUUGUCGCUGGGAAGAAGGCUCUUGAAAGUGCAAAUCUUGGUGGUGAUAAGCUUAACACGAUUGAUAAGCGGAGAGCUGGAGUACUAGUUGGGACUGCUAUGGGUGGCUUGACUGUGUUUUCAGACGGUGUACAAGCUCUUAUUGAGAAAGGUCACAGGAGGAUUUCUCCGUUUUUUAUUCCUUAUGCUAUUACAAACAUGGGUUCUGCUUUGCUGGCGAUUGAUCUUGGUCUUAUGGGUCCUAACUACUCGAUCUCGACGGCGUGUGCCACUUCUAACUACUGCUUUUACGCCGCUGCGAACCAUAUUCGACGUGGUGAAGCUGAUAUGAUGAUUGCUGGUGGAACCGAGGCUGCUAUUAUUCCUAUUGGCUUGGGAGGUUUUGUUGCUUGUAGGGCGCUUUCACAGAGAAAUGAUGAUCCUCAGACAGCAUCAAGGCCGUGGGAUAAACAGAGAGAUGGGUUUGUCAUGGGUGAAGGAGCUGGUGUUCUGGUGAUGGAAAGCUUGGAACAUGCAAUGAAACGUGGUGCUCCAAUUGUAGCAGAGUAUCUUGGAGGAGCUGUUAACUGCGAUGCUCAUCAUAUGACUGAUCCAAGAGCUGAUGGGCUUGGUGUCUCUUCAUGCAUUGAGAGCUGCCUUGAAGACGCUGGUGUUUCACCUGAGGAGGUAAAUUACAUCAAUGCCCAUGCAACUUCCACUCUGGCUGGUGAUCUUGCUGAGAUUAAUGCCAUUAAAAAGUCUAUGAUAGGUCACUGCCUCGGUGCAGCUGGAGGUCUUGAAGCCAUUGCCACCAUAAAGGCUAUCAACACGGGAUGGCUGCAUCCCUCUAUCAACCAAUUUAACCCAGAACCAGCAGUGGACUUUGAUACGGUCGCAAACGAGAAGAAGCAGCAUGAGGUGAAUGUUGCCAUAUCAAACUCGUUUGGGUUCGGUGGACAUAACUCAGUGGUCGCUUUCUCUGCCUUCAAACCCUGAUUUCCUCAGACCCUUUAGAUCCUCUGGUCCAUCUGUUAGAUCACCACCAUCAUCUUCUUCGCAGCUUUUUGGUUCACAAGUUGAGCACUUUCUUCCUUUCAGCUUUUUGUUAUUAUUGGUCAUUGUUAAUUUUUGCUCAACUUUUAUUGGUCAUUGUUAAUUUUUGCUCAACUCUUAUUGGUCAUUGAGGUGUUGAGAAUCCAGAUUUUGCUUCUACAAUUUGUGUACGGAAUGUUGUAUCUUUAGUUCGUUUUAUAUUAGCCUAAUUUUAUAAA